AUGUCGUUCCAGGCAAUGGUAAGGUUUUUUAUCAAAUUAUAUCAAAUUGAUCAGUUUCAAUGUGAUCACAAAAAAAGAAAAAGAAGAAGACGAACUUUUGUUAAUUUUUUCAUACUUUUCAAUUUUUUUGAAGGAUACAUUUGCUGAAAUCAGUAAUCAAAUUCUAAUGGCAAGUUCUACGAAACCAAUUGAUUUUGAUCAUGUUUUGUCUGAGGUGUGGUUUAAAAAAUCAAAUUUUUUGAAAUAUUUAUUUGUUUGAUCAGGUUGGUGAUUAUGGUCGAUAUCAAAUUAUUUUCUUUUUUAUAAUUUGUCUUCCUGCUUCACUUCCUUCUGCAUUUUCAGGUUUGUACUAAAAAAAAUUAGGUUCGGUAAGUUUUUGAUCGUAAGAAAAUUUGAUUUGACUGUAUACAUUUUUCAAUUUUCUCAAAUUUUUAUUCAAAAAACAUUUUGGAAUAAAAAAUUUAAAAAAAACAAAUCAUCUCUGAAAUCGUAUUUUUUUCAGCUUUCAAUAUCCCAUUUGUAAUCGGAAACCCUCCACAUUUCUGUCAUUUGCCACCUGGAAAAGAAUAUCUUCGACCAAUCACAAAUGAUACAGUAGUUUUUUUGGAGAGCGGUUCUAGAUAAAACAAUUAUUUUCAGAGAAUUUUGGAAUGUAAACAAUAUGAUGAAAAACAAUUGGAUAUCGAUGGAAAUGGAAUCAUAUCAAGUUAUCCGAUUGAAAAUUAUGCGUGAGUCAAAAAAAAAACAAUAAAGUGAAAAAAAACAACUUUUGAGCUGAGAGAAUUUGAAAUGAGAGUAAUGAUGUUAAAAAAACCAGAUUCGAAGAAAGUUAGCAUAUUUUUCACAAAAACGUUAAUCUAACUUUCCAACUGCUUUUUAAUUUCUCAAUAUUUUUAAUUGUUCAGAAGUCAUUUGAGAUUAAUUGAUUGUCAAAAUGGUUGGGAUUAUGAUAAUUCAACAUAUCUUGAUUCUCUCGUAACUGAAUUCAAUCUUGUUUGUGACAAAGAACAUUGGAUUGAAAUAUCAACAACUUCAUUUUAUGUCGGAAGUUUUAUCGGAAAUUGUUUAUUUGGUUAUAUUGCUGAUAAAUUCGGAAGAAGACGUUCAUUUUUUGUGAUUCUAACAGUUUUGGUUUUUUGUGGAACUGCAAAUGCAUUUGCAAAAGAUAUCGAAGCAUUUAUUGUUCUUCGAUUUUUCACCGGUUUGGCAUUUCCCGCUCUUUUUCAAAUUCCAUUUAUUAUUUGUAUGGAAUUUAUGGGAAAUUCUGGAAGAAUAUUUAGUGGAUUAAUGAUUUCAUUGUUUUUUGGAGCUGCAAUGGCAUUAUUAGGAGUUGUUGCAAUGUUUAUUCGAAGAUGGAGACAACUUACAUUCUUUUGCAAUGCUCCAUUUGCAUUUUUAUUUGUAUAUUUAUUUUUUCUACCAGAAUCACCUCGUUGGUCGGUUUCUGUUGGCAAAUGGGAAGAAGCUAAGAAACAAUUAAAGAAAAUUGCAAAAAUGAAUGGAAAACAAGAAGUUGAUGUGGAUGAAUUAGUCGAUACUGUAGGAAUUUUUGAAUUUAAUGCUUAUAUGUAAAUCCAUUUUUUUUGUAGAUGAAAAACCAUCAAAACGCAGCUGAAGAAGAAGAAACAAAAAGAAGUCAUAAUGUAACUGAUCUUUUUCGAACACCAAAUCUUCGAAAGAAAACAUUGAUCGUAACUUAUAUUUGGGUUAUGAAUGCGAUUAUUUAUAAUGGUCUCACUUUGAAUGUUUCCAAUUUGCCAGUUGAUGAUUAUUGGAGUUUUAUUAUAAAUGGAGCUGUUGAAUUACCUGGAUAUUUUGUAGUUUGGCCAUUAUUACAAUGUGCUGGAAGAAGGUAAAAGAAUAUGGGAAAAAUUCAUGGAAUAUUUUGAAUCAAAACAGUUUUUGAUGCUCUUCAUUCAUAAUAAUUCUGAAAGGGAAUUUAAAAAACGGAUCAUUUUUUGUAUAUGUCUAUGUAGGAUUUUGUUCUGAAAAAUGAAAUAAUACGGUCUGAUCAAAAGAUACUGUAACUUUAGAGAUUGAUUUGAUUUCACCGCUCCUUAAAUAACAUUUCCAGAUGGACUUUGGCUGCAACAAUGAUUGUAUGUGGAAUUGGUUGUGUUUCCGCAAUGUUUGUUCCAGAUGGUUAUCCUUGGCUUGUUGCCAGUGCUUCUUUUAUUGGUAAAUUUGGAGUUGGAUCAGGUUUUGCAGUCAUUUAUAUAUUUGCUGGUGAAUUAUAUCCAACAGUUGUUCGUGCAAUUGGAAUGGGAAUGAGUAGUAUGGUUGCUGGUUCUGGUCUUUUACUUGCUCCACAUAUUGUUAAACUUGGACAAUAUAUUAAAAUCUUGCCACUUUUAGUUAUGGGAUCAAUGGCUCUUUCUGCUGGAAUUUUGACAUUUUUCUUGCCUGAAACUUUAGGUGCUCCAUUACCAAUGACAAUUGAAGAUGCUGAAAAUUUCGGAAAGAAACCUGGAAUGUUCACUGAAGCUGCCAAAAAACGCGAAUCUCAACCAUUAAUUGAUCAUUCUCAACAUCCAAGAAAUCAUGUAAGAAGAGCAAGUCGACUUAUGAAUAUUUAA